AUGCCAUUCUUUUCCAAAGGUGAAGAAGUUGACAUAGCACCAGAUAAAUCCGCCCGCGUCAAAUGUUGGGACAAACGUGACCGCUUUUUCCAAUGUCUUUCCGAAAAUUACAUAGACAAUUCACUAGACCCCAAAGAAUUACCCAAAGUCAAUGAAAAAUGCGGUGAUAUCAAAAAGGAAUUCGAGAGGGAUUGUGUUAGUAGUUGGGUGAAAUAUUUUCAGGAGAAGAGAUAUAAUGAUUUAGUUAGACAGAGGUAUAUUGCUAAAUUAGAAAGUGAAGGUGCUCAACCAUUACCAUUCAAGAUUGAAAGUAUAAAGAAAUGA